CUCGCUGCUGAUUGGUGGUACUCACAUAUGACGCAGAUGACGUACUGAACUCAAGCACGUGGGUCUCACAUAAACAAAGACACAUUGGCAGACAGAGCUCUACAUGCCAGUGUUGAGCUCCGAGCUGUGCGGACAACACGCUGUACUGGACAUUUACACACAUAUUCUGCAUUACAAACAUAUGGAUACAUUAUAGUUUUGCUGAUGGUCUACUAAGAGGGAGAAUCCAGAGCCGAGUCGUUUGUCUUGAACCCCGGUAUUAAAUUUCAUCUGUUAUUAUCACCUUCACCAAGAUCUGCUGAGGAACAGUCCCACGACUGAAGCCAUGCCCUGCGUCCAGGCUCAGUAUGGCUCAUCCCCGCAGGGCGCCAGUCCUGCGUCUCAGAGCUACAGUUACCACACCAGCGGAGAAUACAGCUGCGAUUUCCUCACACCAGAGUUUGUGAAGUUCAGCAUGGACUUAACCAAUACCGAGAUCACCGCCGCCACCACCUCACUGCCCAGCUUCAGCACCUUCAUGGACAACUACAACACCAGUUAUGACGUGAAGCCGCCCUGUCUUUACCAGGUGCCCCAUUCUGGAGAACAGUCCUCUAUCAAGGUGGAGGAAGUCCAGAUGCACACAUACCAUCAGCAGAGCCAUUUGGGCCCGCAGUCAGAGGAGAUGAUGGCCCACUCCGGGCCUAUGUACUUCAAACCGUCCUCACCUCACGCUCCAACGGCGAACUUCCAGGUUCAGCCUAAUCACAUGUGGGAGGACCCGGGCUCAUUGCACACUUUUCAUCAGAACUAUAUGACCUCGCACAUGAUAGAUCAGCGCAAGAACCCCGUGUCCAGGCUCUCCCUCUUCUCCUUCAAGCAGUCUCCACCAGGAACUCCUGUUUCAAGCUGUCAGAUGCGCUUUGACGGGCCUCUCCAUGUGUCCAUGGGGCACGAUAGUCCCGGGACGCACCGAGCCCUGGACAGCCAGAGUUUCGCAGUGCCCAGUGCUAUCAGGAAACAGGCGGGCAUCGCUUUCACCCACUCCCUGCAGCUCAGUCACGGCCAUCAGUUGAUGGACAGUCAGGUGCCGUCACCUCCAUCUAGAGGAUCACCGUCCACCGAGGGUUUGUGCGCGGUGUGUGGGGACAACGCGGCGUGUCAGCACUAUGGAGUCCGAACGUGUGAAGGGUGCAAAGGCUUCUUCAAGCGUACAGUACAGAAGAACGCCAAAUAUGUUUGUUUAGCCAAUAAAAACUGUCCUGUGGAUAAACGCCGGAGAAACAGAUGUCAGUAUUGCCGGUUUCAGAAGUGCCUGGUGGUCGGGAUGGUAAAAGAAGUUGUCCGGACCGCCAGCUUAAAGGGUCGGCGAGGCCGUUUACCCUCCAAACCCAAAAGUCCGCAGGAGUCUUCGCCCCCCUCUCCGCCCGUCAGUCUGAUCAGCGCUCUGGUCAGGGCUCAUGUGGACUCCAACCCCUCUAUGAGCAGCCUCGACUACACCAGAUUCCAAGCCAACCCGGACUACCAACUGAGCGGAGAUGACACACAGCACAUCCAACAGUUCUACGACCUCCUCACAGGAUCCAUGGAGAUCAUCCGCGGAUGGGCAGAAAAGAUUCCCGGGUUCACCGACCUGCCUAAACCAGAUCAGGACUUGCUGUUCGAGUCCGCCUUCCUGGAGCUUUUCGUGCUGCGCCUGGCGUACAGGUCCAACCCGAUGGAAGGCAAACUCAUCUUCUGCAACGGGGUGGUGUUGCACAGACUGCAGUGCGUGCGUGGAUUUGGCGAGUGGAUUGACUCUAUAGUGGAGUUCUCGUCUAAUCUUCAGAACAUGAAUUUAGACAUAUCUGCUUUCUCAUGCAUCGCCGCCCUAGCUAUGGUCACAGAGAGGCACGGACUGAAAGAGCCCAAGAGAGUUGAGGACCUUCAAAACAAGAUAGUAAACUGUCUGAAAGAUCAAGUCACCUUCAAUGGAGGCGGCUUGAAUCGUCCAAACUAUUUGUCCAAACUGUUGGGGAAACUGCCUGAACUGCGCACACUGUGCACACAGGGUCUGCAGCGCAUCUUCUACCUAAAACUAGAAGAUCUGGUCCCACCGCCAGCAAUAAUCGACAAACUGUUUCUUGACACUCUGCCCUUUUAAACCGAGAGAGAGGGAGACAAACUAUUUCAAACAACCUCAGAGAACUUCCACAGACUCCCUUAAAAACUGAAAGUCUGACUUUUUUAAACCACCAACCAUCGCCAACUGAAAGAGGAUCCAACAAUUUAACGCCUGGAAAACACCAAGCGAAAAAAAAAAAUAAAUAAAAAAAAUAAUAAUAAAAUAAAAUAAAAUAAAAAUAAUAUUAAUUCAUUUUGCCAACGGCAAGUGAUUUUUUUCCUCUUUAUCCCACCACCAAACUGCCUCUGAGUAUCUCAGAACAGACAAAAAUGUACAAAAAAGGAAGAAAAAAGUAAUAAUAAUUAUAAUAAAAGACAGAUUAUCCAAUAGUUUGCCUGAUUUUGAACAAUGAAAAAUAUCACGCCACUACUAAUCAUUGUUAACUGCAAACGUCUGUAUUCAUGGAAAAAUCACAGAGUGUAUCAUAUACGCCAUUUCUAUAUACCUAUUCAAUAGAUUUAUGUGAUUUAUAUGAUGUGUAUAAAGCUUGUACAGAGACAGUUUUUUUUUUCUUUUUCUUUUAUAACUUGUGCCUGUGUAUCUCUGUCAGGUGGAAAGGAGACGCAUGUUGUAGAGGACUCUUGUCUCUAUUACACACUCUAUAUUCCGGACACUAUGUAGUCUGUUAGAUUUUAUAAAGAUUCGUAGUAUUGGGGCAACUUUUAAAUAUGGCACAUGUGGAUAAAGAUACCAGUAUCAUCUGUACAGGUAAAAAGGGACCCAUAGUGUUUGUAAAAUUGUCAGACAUUCCUUGUUUGUAUGUGUUGUAUGUAUUGUUGCUGUUUAAUAUAAACGUUUAUAUAUUUAUUUUGAGUUUGCCGUUAAAGCAUGGUGCAGUUGAAAUGAUUUCAGACGCAUCACCGUCGUCUUUGUUUAAUGUCUCAUAUGUGAUUUAAUUUGCCAUCUUCUAUUCCUGUAGGUGUGUGAAAAUCAUCACUGCCUUUUUUCUAUGGUUUAACUAAAUAUACUGCAACGCGUUCGGUUCGGUUCGGUUCCGAAUCCGAAUCAAACUCCACGAGAAAAGAAUAUUUAAUGUUUACAAAUAAAACUUUUAAAUAAUUUCCA